AAACCAGUGGGUGAUGUCACAGUGUUUACAUCUAUCUUUUAUAUACAGUCUGUGGCCCGAGCACUUUUUUUGCAACUUUGUUCUGUUCUACUGGAGGCCUGACAACAGAUGCAUACUGUUAGAAACGAAAAGAAAACAUGUAUUGCAGCAAUUGACUUCAUCCCUUGCUUGUAGAUGGGAUCUCAUAACCAGAGGCCACAUGAAUCUCACACUUGCAUACCAUGGAGUGAGCAACUAUUGUGGAGCACUGUGGCCCACCAUACUCUGAACACCUUCAAACCAGCCGUAGUGCUUUGCGUGGCUGCUAAACUCUCAGUAUUGUCAGUCAUCUUCGCUGUAUGAACAAGUUACCGGUUGGAGGAUGUUGUUCUAAUGACCUCUCUCUAGGUUUGGCAUAAAGGCCUGAUCCAUCAAGAUUAUGACCUAUUUAUGCUGAAGUAGUCGGGGUCCAGCUUUUGAAGAUAAACAUGGACACAAUAGUGUUGAGCGUCUUUGUGUUUUCUUUGAAUUGUUGUUUCAGCUGCAAGCUUCUCAGGAAAACGUGCACACUUCCCCCAAUCUUCUGUUCUGCAGAGCUGCAGUCUCCAGGGAAUGUGUUGCCUAAUUUCCUCACUUUGAUUAUAUCCCUGUGCAUGCUUCCCUUUUUUCUCUUUGAAUCUCUAAUCUUGAAUGUAUUUCACAGACCUGGAGUUAACAGAGCAUAUCGGACUCCACAGCUGCCGUGGGCAACCUUACGAAUGGAGAUGGGAGCAAAGGAAAAGAAUCAGGAACUUUAUAAACCAUACACCAAUGGUAUCAUAGCCAAGGAGCCGCCAUCUUCUCUGCAGCAGGAGAUUCUGGAGCUCCGCGGUUCUGCCAACGGUCUGCGCUCAGAGCCCGAGUUUGAGAUGGCGGACAUCUUCUACUUCUGCCGGAGAGGGGUGGAGAGCAUCGUUGACGACGAGGUGACCAAGCGCUUUUCAGCUCAGGAACUGGAGAGCUGGAACUUGCUGACUCGGAGCAACUACAACUUCCGCCACAUUAGUCUCAGACUCACCGUCCUGUGGGGCCUGGGGAUCCUCAUCCGUUAUGGCGUCCUGCUGCCCCUCAGGGUCACUCUUGCAGUCACUGGCAUUUGUCUGCUCCUUGUCCUGACCACCUUGGUGGCGUUUUUACCGAAUGCAGAGUUAAGAUCCUAUCUGAGCGAGAAGGUUCAUCUGAUGUGUUACCGCAUCUGUGUGAGAGCUCUCACAGCAAUCAUCACCUACCACAACAGCGAGAACAAACCAAAGAAUGGUGGCAUCUGUGUGGCUAAUCACACGACACCCAUCGAUGUCAUCAUCUUGGCCAAUGAUGGCUGCUACUCUCUGGUCGGCCAGGUGCACGGAGGGUUGAUGGGAAUGGUGCAGAGAGCCAUGGUUAAAUCCUCUUCACACAUCUGGUUUGAAAGAUCAGAAGUGAAAGACCGACACCUAGUGGCCAAAAGGCUCGGUGAUCAUGUUGCUGAUAAAACCAAGCAGCCCAUCCUCGUCUUCCCUGAGGGUACCUGCAUUAACAACACAUCAGUGAUGAUGUUCAAGAAGGGCAGCUUUGAAAUUGGCUGCACCGUCUAUCCUGUCGCCAUUAAGUAUGAUCCUCGGUUCGGAGACGCUUUCUGGAACAGCAGUAAGUUUGGUAUGGUGAGUUACCUUCUGAGGAUGAUGAGCAGCUGGGCCAUCGUCUGCAGCGUCUGGUACCUGCCACCUAUGAACAGAGAGGAAGGGGAGGAUGCGGUUCAGUUUGCCAACAGAGUGAAAGCUGCCAUAGCUGCUCAAGGAGGAUUAGUGGACCUCAUCUGGGAUGGAGGACUGAAACGGGCAAAGGUGAAAGAUGUUUUCAAAGAGGAGCAGCAAAAACUUUACAGCAAAGUUCUCGUAGGCGACUCUGAAGACCAAAUGGAGGACAAAUGUUCAGAGGAUGGAACUGCAGAGGGGGACGAGAGCAGCAAAGAUCCAACAGAAGGACAAUGAGGACACAGUGGAUGUGUGUCUGUUAGGAUUAGACUUUUCUAUCUUAUGCUGUACUAUAUGACAUAUGAUGAAUGUGAAUUAUCUUGAGCAAGUAUUUAUAUAUUUAUUGUUGCUGUAAUUUUUACCAAGCGAAGGACCAAAUAAAAUUAGUUUGUGUUUUGA